AUGGCGAGCACGGGUGCAUGGAAAUGUACAUACUGCAAGAUCAUGGUAAAAAGCAGUGCCAACUACUGCCCCAACUGCGGCCAACACUGGCAGCAAACAGGGGAAUGGCCUGCUCCACAGACGGGCUGGACGUACCAGAACCAAGCCCCGAAGUCGCCGAGGACGAAGUCGCCGAGGCAACGACCUUGGCACGGCAAAGGACAGCCGGCCAAAGGCAAGACCAAAGGACCCAAAGGGCCACCCGAGCCAAGCCCUCAUGGAGUCCCAAGUACUUGGGCACCUACAUUGCCUACGCCAUGGCAACCUACUGCAGUACAAGCCACGACGGACGAUGGCACGUUGCAGGGGCUGCUCCAGGCAGUGUAUGGACACUUCCCGGGACAGACACUCCCACAGCCCAUUGCCGAUGCGGUGGCCAAGCUGGAGGCGGAUACGGGCAGAAGGCUGACCAAAAGCCUGCAUGCCCAAACCUCGCAACUUGGUGCUGCAAAGAAGAGCCUACAGGAGGUUCGAACAGCAAGAGUGAAGCACGAGAGCCAAUGGGUGGAUUUCCUCAAUGGUACAGUGCAGGCGCUCGAGAAGGGGGCGAAGAAGUACCAGGAGACCAUGGAUGCUUUUGCUACACAAGAGGAAGAGGCCAAGACGAAGCUGACUGCAGCGCGCCAGGCCAUUCGGGACCUUGCUACGGAGAAGGCGGACAAGCCAGAUGCGACUGCCAUGGAAGAGGACGACUCAGACUUGGAGCUCAUGACGGACCUCAAUGUACUGCCGGGCCCAUCGGAGUCCCACGAACCCAAGGUCGCUCAAGCCCAGAAAAAGCUCCGGGUCACCUUGGAUACGAUCUUUGCCAAACUACCCUCAGCCGAGGUAGAAACGCCACGGAGGCGCUCCCGGGACAAGGACGGCGCGGAUGGAGCCUUGCCUCAAACGGGCGAGACCCAAAACCCUGACAAGGAGGCGGGACCAACUGCAAACGAGUGGCCGACACACGCUUUCUGGCAUUCUGUGAUGCUGGAGCCCGACUUUUUGUCGGAACAGGAAGCAAUUGAUACAGCGACACACUGGCACUACUGUGUUGACCUACUAGACGACUCAGACGAGCUUGCUCACCUUGCCAGCUUGCAGGGCGAGCGAGCCUUCCGAGCUCGCUGGUUCGGGACAGACAUGGAUGGAACGGAGCACGCAGAGGACACGGUCAGGGGCACGGAAAACACCCAACCGCUACCAGCGCGCAUGGACAAUAAGCGUUCGGAGGCGGCGGGGUUGCCAGUACGGCCCAACCGGAGUUCUCUCGUCGCUUCCUCUGCGAAUGGACGAAAGCAGUGCCAUGUUGUCAGCUUCUUGCUUCCACCUGAGACUGUGUACAUAUCGUAUGACUGUACAGGGGGUUUCGACACGCCCGGAGAUUCCUUCCCGGCGGUGAUUUCCUUUCCACCAGGGCCGUGCCUUUCCACAGUUCCUCUUGACCCCAUGCCAACUACAGCCCCAGCGACCCGCCGUGCAAGACAGCCCUCCAUGCUGUCCCACACCCUGGCCGCCCAAGUGCAAAUCCUCCCUACCACAAUCACAGGUCCGUUGCCAUACAUGCCCCUGGAUCAACUCCGCGCUGUAUGUGCUGUUCCUGAGACAGGGGAGGCAGGCAUGUAUACGCUCUACGAGCUGAGGCAAAAUGUCAUCAGCAGGGCCUCCAAUCCGGACUGGACACUGGCUGAUUACCUUGCUGAUGCUGUUUCUGCUGUGCACUAUGUUAUCCGUACUGGCCAUUUCUUGCAGCGGCCUCUGGUCAACCUCAGGAUGCCACAGCUUGCUAUCACACCAGUCUGGGCGCCUCCAGGUCAGACUGCCAUUCCUGUUGAUUUGCGUAAUCAGGGAGGACAGAUUUGCACGGUGCUUGUGAGCCAACAUGACACAGCCUCGAAAAUCGCUGGAUUGGUCUCUGCACAAGGCUGCCCCUAUGAAGGCACACUUCAAGAUCGUAUCCUGCAGGGCUCACUGUACAUGUAUGAUGCAUCUGGGCAAAUCGUCGAACGGAUUCGGCAGCCCAUCGAGGAACAUGAUUGGCUCUACUUUGACAUAGAGCACCUGCCUGACCCACAGCAUGCAGAGCACCCUGAGACCCUUGAUCAAACUGAUGCCAGUGUGCUUCUGCAAUCCCCGGUUGCCCCCCUUUGGUUUAGGCCUGAGGGUUAUAGGAGGGAUCCCCUAAGAGCUGUUACGAGUGACCAUGCUUUCGCAAAAGCCGAGCCCUGUGUGACACCUUUUGGGAACCCCAUCCAAUGGAGCCCAGUUGUCCAUUGCCCUACACCGACAAUAGGGGAUGGGUUGACUGACUGUAUAGCCGGCAGUCCUAGUCGAAAGCCGGUGAACGGGCCAGAGGAUGUCAGGCUGCCCGGUACUAAUACCACGCUACUCGGCCCCACAGGACCAGCUGCGUCCAACGAACCCACCACAGCGCAGCUUCUCGCGGCAGAAAAUGUGCAUGUGUAUCCAGCCGCAUUUCGUGACUGGAAGUACUUCACCCAGCCAGUCUCGACAUUCCGAUGGGGCACCAAUGCACAUAGGGGGGCCCACUCCUACACAGUAUUUGACCAUGUUCGGCAUGUCACGGUCGAAGCCUGCUUUUCCGGUGUCGACCUGGAAAGCGUGGUCGCCUUAGCUGUUGCAAGAGCACCAUUUGCCGUUUACAGCCUGAUGAUACUCACUGCCCCGCUUGCAGGUCUGCCUAGGCCACAGAUCGUCAUUGCAGAGGAGCCCCGACGACCAGGAGAGUUCCCAGUGCCCUGGGAUAUCCGACCGCUGGGCCUUCAGAUCCGUACCAUUCGGCACUUCCCUGAACAGCCCACUAGCGAUGCCAUUAGGGAGCUUCAGACACAACUUGCGCCAGGCACAGACCUUGACGGCCUCUGGCGUACCUCACACAUCCAUAUCGCUGACUCGUUGGGCCCCCUCACGGCAAGACUCCCCAUAGACCUCAAUGACGUGCAACACUUCAGUGUCUUCAGGGUACUAGGUGAGGAGCUACAGAUGCAUACGAUGGGAGCCCCCAUCUUUGUCGGCGGCACGGGAGCCCAAGCUACCACUGCCACCACCACAGGCACCUAUGUUCAGGGCAAUGCUCGGGCACCGCCAUGCAUCCGACUCACCGUAUUUCGACGGGAUCAGUCUGCAAGCAUUGACGUGCCACACCCAUAUCAUACAUUCGAUGAAGCACUUGCCAGGCUGCUCUACCAUUUUGCGGCACAAGCGGCGUUUACUGCAGCCUCCACGGUCACGAUGGCCAGAGCACUGCCGCCGGCUCUCGGAUAUCUCCAAGAGGUGGUGCUCCUUAUCAGUGACUCAUCCUCCACUGUCCCCUACCUGUGGGACGCCAGAAAUGUUGGUGGGGCUCUAUCCGCCCAAUGCACUGCCCCGUUCACCCCCACGGAGUUUGUGAUUUCCCAGGAGUGGAGGGACCAGAAUUGGAUCACUGCAGUCAACGGGGUCCCUGUUUUCUAUGCAAGUAGGAACACAGAGGCAGGAGACUUCCUGCAGCCAUAUCAGGAUGGCAGCCAGCCGCCCUGUACACCUCAAGGCAUUGUUUUGGAUCUGAUCCCAGCCUUGGGAAUGUUCACAUGGCCCUUCAGACUUUCUCAUUUUCGGCGCAUGUACCUACCCAGACUACGAGAUAGACGAUGGAGGCUGGGUCUCAAUUUUAUUGAGACACAAGCACACCUUGUAAUAGGCCCCCAGCAUGGUGAUCUUCGCAUAUUUGCCCCCGAAGGCAGACCACUGGACCAUGCUGAAAUUAUUUCCUACCUCAACCGGCUUGAUAGCCCGCCUCCCUGGGAAGACAUCGUGCCCACUGAAGCGGGGGAUAGUCGCAGGCCUAUCUUUGUCACUGCUGUCCGCAACUCGGGCCUCCGCACAAUCCUCCUGCCCGCGCCUGGAUUCAAUGGACAUUGGCUUUCGCUGUUGAUCUCUUCGGCAACCCGAGCCAUCACUGGCGUCCCGGCUACUGCCAGCACUGUGUUCUACCCCUGUGAUCGCCUGCAACACGGGGAUGUCCUAUACCCUGGACGUGAAACUUUCCCGCCUAUUCCAGGAUCCAGUGACAUAGAGGCAGAGGCGGCUACACAGGCUUUUCCCCGCGAUCCGGCCGACACCACCAGCGAGGCUGCUACUCGUGACCUCCCAGAUCCGGACCAAGAUGAGGAUCAGCCCAUGGAAGAUGCAGUCGCUCUUCUACAAACUCGUAAGACCGUUGUCCACCAGGCGGGAUUGCAAAGCGCGCAACCGUGCCUCCAUCUGUCGGUCGAAGGCGGUUCCACGUCGAUCCUUCCCGACCUCCAAGCCCGCGGUUCGCAACCAUGCAAAGAUGCAGCCCGCAGCGACCCCGGCAGCCCAUCCGCGAAGUGUGUGCUUGCACCUCCGUUCUCCAUACCCACACCGUUUGGCAGAAGGGCACUCCCUCGUGUCAAGGCGUUGGGGUGCAACUCCCUGGCUCAGGGUCCCAACGUCGCGACGCGGCCUGCUGAGCCACCACUGCCACCACUGCCCGCACAAACUGCUCGCAAUGAUCCCCAGUCAGUCUCGGCCGAGACCUUGAACAACUCAUUGAGCUCUCCCCACAAUCAGGACAUUGCUGAUGCAACCUUUGUGGACCAUGCCAUCACGUGUAUCGCUACUACACCCAGCACCUUUGACGUUCCAGCUUGUGAUACCACGCGGCACUGGAUGGCUCUCCCUUGUUGGGAUCCCACGCAGCCCUGUGAUGAGCUGUUCCUCUUUACGGACGGUUCUUUCUUUCCUGAGGGCACGGGCUCCACAUGGGCGAUCACCAUCGUCGCGCGGCAAGGUGUACAUGCAGUGCGCGUUGGAGUCUGCGCUGGAAAAACCCGCGGAGCCGAACAUGCAUGCCACGGCUUCUGCCGUCCGGAUUCUGCUUUUGAUGGCGAGCUUGAGGCGAUCUUGCACGCCCUCUGUGUUGCAGCUGCCAACCGUUGUACCAAGGUACAUAUUGGUAGUGACUGCCAGGCGGCCAUAGAUGUGGCCAAAGGUCUGUGUGCCACCGAGGAAGGGGAUCGGCUUGCUAGAGCCACAAUCAGUGUCCGCGCCUAUCUGGCAAUGUGUGGCACGCAGCUCUUUUUCCACAAAAUCGAGGCACACUCCGGCUGUGCCCUCAAUGAUUUAUCGGACCUCACCGCCAAGGCGGUUGGCAGACAUGGCCCGCCGGCCGACCUUGAGCUCACCUUUGACUCGCUGUGGACGGCUAUCCAGGAGCAGGUGAUUGAUUUGCUAUGGCUUGUCCCGUGCCACCCCUGCACUGCAGCCAGUCUCCCCCCACUCCAGCCCAGUGGGGUCUGGACCACUGCUAAUUGUGCUGCAGCAAAUGCGACUCCAUGCCGCCCCUUUUGCAUGGCCGCCCGGCCAAGAAAGACCCGCCCAACCGAAGUGUGCUGGAAUGUCCUGCAGUACAAUGCACUCUCCUUGAAAGCCCCGGGUGCCAUGGACCUGCUUGAAAAAGGUCUUCGUAAGGCACGGGUCGACAUAGCAGGCCUGCAAGAGACACGUCUCCCCAAGGACGGUAUCUCCACGGUUGGAACGUAUUGGGUGCUAAGCGGGUCGUGCACCAGUACCGGCCAAGGUGGCACUCAAAUAUGGGUGAGACAGUCCGAGGCAUGGGACCCGAAAGCCUUCUCAAUACUGCACUGUGAGCCGCAAAUCCUUGUUGACCGUGAUGCCCGAGUCCUCCUCGUCUCGGCCCACUCCGUCACAGCGACCAUGCCUCCGGAACAGAUCCAGGACUGGUGGCAGCAUCUGGGGGUUGUGCUCCACCGUACCCCAACCAAUUGCCUCCCGAUCCUGUUUCUGGAUGCCAAUGCAACUUUCCAGCGACACUUCGAGGCUGCAUCCACUACUGCUGCGACCCCAGUGUGCCAUAAUGCUCGACAGCUUGCCCAGCUUACACGCGAGCGACACCUGUCACUUACACCGCAGACCUAUUCCUCCGGUGAACCAGUGGUGACCUGGAUCAGUCCGACUGGGGCGAACAAGGCUAUUGAUUACAUAGCUUUCCCUGAGGAAUGGCAGGAUCACUGCCGCCUACUCCCGUCCCCACGGCUGGGGGACCUGUACGAAGACUUUGACCACCAGCCCCUCCUUUUGCGAAUUGAGGUCACUGUGGACCUUGCACCUGUCGAUAGCCCACGGCACCUUGACCCGCGCCUAUGGCAGGAUGCUCGCAUUGACAACAUUGUGACAAUGGCUGCUCUCACAUGCCCUCCUGUGUCCUGGCCCGCCCAAGGCACAACCCAUGUCAACCACCUGCAACAACAUCUGUUUGAGCAGAUUGCACAGGCCUCUCCAUGCAUACCGCCCAGGCCAAGAAAUCCAUCCCUUACGGAGCCUACGCUCGCCCUUGUCCGGCAGCAUAGACAUCUACGCAGGUGCACACGGCGAGCCAGCUCAACAGCCGACAAGGCCUACUUACAGCUCUGCCUGCAUGCCUGGGCAUACAAGACCAAGACCGACGCACGCCUUCUUCGUGCCGAUAAGUUCGCUAGGGUUGCUGCGGCUAGGGGAUGGGCUGUCCAGUACCAUAUAGGCAAGCAGCUCCGAGCGGCAUUGUGGUCCGACCGUGCCGACUUCACGAGACGAAUGAUUGCACAGGCACGGGAUGCAGGGCCUGCGGCUUUCUCGUUCCAACUCAGGGCCAUUCUCCGGACUGGCCGACGUUAUAAGCCACCCGCUCUGCUUCCUUCCCUCACUGAUGCACCCGACCGUCCUUACGGCCGCCAGGAAACAGCUGACAGUUUCGGACGAUUUUUCGCUCUGGCCGAGCGGGCUACCGAGCACCCCGUUGAACAUGUCUUCCCUACCGACACCCAGGUUAGGGCGACUGAGGGCCCCCUAGAUGGUCGCAACAUACCCUCCUUGGCGGCGCUAGCAGCGGGGUUUGCAGCACUCAAGAAGGGACGUGCCCCGGGAAUCUCUGGUCUCCGACCCGAGGUUUUCAGAACGGAUCCCCUGCUCUUCGCGAUGCAGUACUUUCCAAUUGUGUGCAAGCUGUACCUCCGUGACCCGGCCCCCGGCCAAUGGUCCGGAGGCAUUGCCGUGGCGGUGCCCAAGCCGAAUAAGUCGCAAACGGCUCAUAACGGAUUUAGAUCCAUUGUGCUCUUGGAAUGCGACAACAAAGCAUGCAAACGGUCCCACCGACACCAUCUGCUUAGUUUGCUCCCCACCUUGGGCACUGCAGACCAGUUCGGAGGAAGACCCGGGGUGCCACUCAGUCACCCGGCGGCAUACGUCAAAGCCCACCUCCUGCAUCUUCGCCGCACUGGGGCUUCAGGAGCGGUGUUGUUCAUUGACGCUACAGCUGCCUACUACACUAUCACCAGAGACUUCCUGUCUCUCACCGAGAGCCAACGCCAUGACACCGCAUUCCUCCACCGCCGUGCGGCUAUGCUAUUCACCGAGGCCGACCUGCAGGAGCGAUUCAUCCGAAUGGCACGCGAAAAUCGCUCCGCUGAGGCACUCAGUCACCUCCCUGAGCUGCAGAUUUUCGUGCAGAAGCAAUUAGAGCUCACGUGGUACGUGAGCCGUCCCGAUGCGGAACAGGCUUUCGUGGCGGGAAGUGGAACUGUGCCAGGGGCACCACUUGCCGACGUACUCUUCUCGCUCAUAUUCGGGGGCAUCCUCCAACGGACCCGUGAAUUCCUACUUUCCCUGGGAUAUCAGGCCCAUCUAACGAGGGCUGACCCCACCAGGCCCGGAUACACGCCGACCUGGGCGGAUGACGUGAGCAUCUUGUUGCAGACUGCCUCCGCCGACCAGGUCAGCGCUGCGAUCUCGCAGACAAUGACCUUCUUCACAGAGGAGUUGUUUGCUGCCGGAAUGAGCGCCAACCAUGGCCUCGGAAAAACCGAGGCACUGGUGGCAUUGCACGGAGCAGGUUCCCGACAGGUGCGCCGUGAACUGCUCGCAGACCAGGAGCCUCGGGUCGCAUUCUCCACUCGCCGCGGUACGGCACACAUCAGGCUUGUCCAGACGUACCCCUACUUGGGGUCCCUGAUACAAGCCGACUGCCAGGCUCUCCCAGAUGUCUUACACCGCAAAAGCCUCGCUCGCGAGAUCUACCGCCCAGUCAAAGCGAGAAUUCUGAGAAACCCGGCGCUGGGCUUCUACGAAAAACAGUCGGUACUCAGAACACGGAUCCUCUCGCGAUUCCUCCACGGCGCCAGUCUGUGGACGCUCCGCACCACCAAGGAGGCUGAGACAGUGGACGAAGUAAUCUACAGCUACUAUAGGGGUGCUUUCAAGCCGAUGACCGGCAUCUCAAGUCAGGGCUUCUCCAAUCUCGAAGUUGCAAGCAUCCUCGAACUACCGCUCCCUACCGAGCUCCUGCAUGUUGAGCGGACCCGCGCGAUUUGUCAGCUCGUACGGGCUCAGCAUCUUGAAGUCCUGCGGGAGCUCGAGCAAGACCGAUGUUGGUGGUCCGAUGCCUGUAGAGCCCUCAGGGCGGUGGGUCUCCAUGAGGACCCGGAGGAGACUCUCGAAGCCAUUACAGUGUCGGCCUCGGUGACCAACACCAAAGUCCGGGCGGCUUGCAGAUGCUACCUCACCACAGCCGUCCAAGGCCGCCUGGUCGACCGAACUGCCCUCAAGCCACGCGACCCAUGUGACAGCGUCGCUGUGGUUGCUGCCCGUAGUGAGUCUUUGCCUUGGGUCUGCGAUGUCUGCCCAUGUGCAUUUGCCACCCAUAAGGCGUUGGGGGCACAUAAGGCCCACCGGCACGGCAUCAGAGCACUUCAUGCGCUCUGUGCCCAUGGUCUCCGAAGGGCCUCGACCUUGGUGGACCACGUUGUCCCCAGCCUCACCUGGCUGAGCCUAGUGUACGCUGCCCCAAGCCACAAUUUUUCCAACAAGCGUGGCGCUUUCAGCCCGCUUGCUCGGCACGCCAGUAAGCUGCGUUUUUGCCGAUGCAUGGUGAAUUGA